AUGUUCCUUUGUCUAACGAUCAGCAAUAUGCGAACGCAAGUAAUUUUAUGCAAAACUAUUUCUCCUAGAGAUACUUUGGUCACGAGUAAUAUAUAUGAAUUUGAUGAACCAGACGAAGAGUCACCACCGAAUCAAACAAUCAUUCAGCAUGAGGAACCUAUCACUGAUUUAGAAAAUAUGGUUGUCGAACAAAUACCACCAAAUCCUGGAAAUGAUCCCCUCAUUAAUGAUAUAUGUGGUAGAUUUGUAGUUGACGGUAAACAUUUUUUGAAGGAAUUACGAAAACUGGAAUAUCAUCGUCAUGAAUGCUUAAGGAGUUCGGACGGUUAUUUCAAAUUGCUAAAGUCUAGUUGUAAAAAUUUAAUAUGGCUUUUACAAUUCCAAUGUCCAUACUGCAAAAUUACUAAAACUGUUGCAAGUGAACCUCCAACAGCAACUCCAAGUACUCAUGAUGACGCAAAAGAGAACAAGCAAUGUAUGCCUCAAACAAGCACCUUUCAAAAAAUUACCACCACACGUCAACUAUCAUUGAGUGAAAGUGCCGUCUGGGGUACAAUCUCAACAGGGAACGGACAUUUUCAAAUGGAAGAAAUUUUUUCAACUAUAGGAGUUAAAACUAUAGACCAGAAAACAUUUUCCAAAAUAGAAAUGAAUUUGGGUAAAGUUUGGCAUGAAAUUCUGUUCGAAUCUAUGAUGGAGACAGGAGAAGAAGAAAAAAGAUUGGCUAUUGAAAGCGGUGAUGUAACUUCAGAUGGAACACCUUUCAUCACCGUUAUAGUCGAUGGCGGAUGGUCUCACCGCAGCCACGGGCACAGAUACACUGCCAACUCGGGGGUGGCGUGUGUCAUAGGCAAACGCACCAAAAAACUUUUGCAUUUAGACGUACGUAAUAAAUAUUGCGCUAUGUGUCUCUACCGAAAAAAACAAAAUAUGACUGAAGGACACGAAAAUUGUUUCAAAAAUUGGAAUGGAAGUUCUGCUGCUAUGGAAGCCGAUAUGUUAGUACAAGCUUUUCGACAAAGUAAAACUUUGCAUGGUUUGGAAUAUAGACGUUUUAUUGGAGAUGGUGAUUCAAGUGUAUUCGCACGACUUUAUGAGAAAGUUUCAUAUGGACGAAAUAUUGAAAAACUGGAAUGUGCAAACCAUGCUAUAAAAAACUAUACCAAAGCACUUUGCAAAGUACAAGGCGUUUCUAAAAUUAUUAGGUCAGUGCUUACGCCAGGAGUGGUCAGACGUCUGAAGAUAGGGGCAAGAUGUGCUAUAAUUCAUAAUUCAAAAGAGAAUCAGAAUCCUGAAAUAUUAAAAGAGGAUUUGAGAAACGGACCAGCCCAUGUAUUCGGCAUUCACAAAAAUUGUAAAAAUUAUUUUUGUCAUUCAGACAAAAGUGAAAAGGUUUUAACAGAUAAUGAACUUGCUGCAUAUAAUUAUGUGCACGAAUGUCUUAAGCCCUUGUUACGAAAAGCACCACGGCUUGUUACUAAUGAUACCAGCAAUUUGGCUGAAAACUUUAUGUCACUUGUGGCAAAGUUUGUUGGUGGAAAACAAAUUGAUCGUGGGAAAAGAGGAGCCUAUACUAUACGAGCUCGAAGUGCAGGUCUUGAUUUCCAAUAUGGUCCUAUGUGGCACUAUAAUAGUAUGAAAAAAGUUAUUGGGAAAAGUCCUUCUUGCUUGGUGAAACGGCUUGGGGAGAAACGCUUAAAAAAACAAAGUAACACCAGAAGAUCGCUAUUUAAUUCAGGAAAACCUAGACGAAAAGUAAAAAAUAACAAUGACGGUUGUAAAGAUUAUGGAGAAUCGUGCCAUAAACUAGAUUUGGAUGAAGAAGAAUUUAAAAAAGAAAAAGAACAAUUUCUCAAAAAUAUAGCCAUAUCGUGCAAGGAAGAACAAGACAAGAUUGAAGAAACUACCAGAGGACAACGAGAAAAUGAGGAAUGGUUUAACCAAAGGAAAAACAGAUUAACUGCAUCACUCUUUGGCUCGGUGGUAAAACGCAGAAAAUCUAGUAGUUGGGCCAAGUUGGUAGAACAAAUUUGUUAUAAAAGUUUAAUAAAUUGUCCAGCCAUUAAUUAUGGAAUAUUGAAUGAAAAAACGGCGAUAACCGCUUACCAAGAAAAAACAAAAAAUGUUGUAGUUGAAUGCGGCCUCUUUGUUGAUUUGGAAAAUGGUUUCCUAGCUGCUUCUCCGGAUGGUCUCAUUGGAGAAAAUGGAAUCCUUGAAGUUAAGUGUCCAAAGAGUGCUGAAAAUUUAACUGUAGAGGAGGCUUCUAAAACUUUAAAGCAGUUUUACAUAGACAAAAAACAAGGCUGUCUAAAAAGAACUCACGACUACUUUUAUCAAGUCCAAGGGCAAUUGCAUAUCAGUAAUCGUGAGUUUUGUGAUUUUGUUGUAUGGACAAGGAAAGAUUUGUACGUUGAACGUAUAUUUAAAGAUGACAACUUUUGGCAAAAUAAAAUGUUCCCUAAAUUAAAAUAUUUUUAUGAUGAAGCAUUACUGCCAGAACUGGUAGAUCCCCGAAAGUUCAAGUUCGAGCUGAGUAUGAGUUUGUCUCAAGUAACGACUAUGAAUCUCACCCGAAGGCUUCAAUAUGAAAAGAGUGCUCGAGGACGGUGGAAUAAGAACGGAGGGAGCAUGUCGUAUGCUUUCAAUGGUACGGUUUUGGCCCAAAAUCAACUACCGCAAACACCGUUUACGAUCGGUCUGUCGACUGUGCGCAUGUGCGAGCUGGCUACAAACCUCGAGAAAAGCCCAUCAAGAGUCUCCAUCGAUUAUACCUCAAGGUGUAAAGAGGAAAUUAGGGUUUGA